AUGGCUGCUGAAUACGAAAUCUUUCAGAAGUUGGAAUUGACAACAAUGUCUUCUGAUAGUAUCAUCCUUUGGCCUUCCGAUGAAUACACCGAUACUCGGAGCCACAAUCCAAUCUUUAUUCUCUUCUUCACUUUGAUUGUCUGCUCUGGAUUCAUCUUCAACAUCUUUGUGAUCUAUCGAAUGAUCAGAUUGGCUUUCAAGGAUACAGAUCAGGUAAGAACUUUUAAUUCAUAGAGCUAGAUAAAAUAAUUCUGUCUGUUUUCAGUUUUUGAAUGGAACUGGAAUCUUUUUGCUGUGUAUGGCGAGUUGUGAUAUGUCCUCGAUUAUCUUUUCGUAUUUCCAAAUGUCGAUCACAUAUUUUCCUGGAUAUGCUGAAAUUCAAUUCUUGCCAUUCUCGUGCAAAACAUCGGAAUUCUUGCAUCGCUGCUUUCACACAUUCAGUAUGUAUUGCUGGGUAUAUAUGUCAAGCCUCCGUUAUUUCGCCGCGUUCCAACCAAUGUUCUACACGACUUCCUGGCAAGCACCAUGGACACUUUUGGGUUCAACCGCAGUUUGUUCAACAGUUCUCAAUCUCUAUCUUUUCACAACCGUCACUGGAACAGAAGGCAAAUAUGGAUGUGUUAUGCAGUUGGAGGUAAGCCUAAUGUGAGAAAAUAAUGAGAAAACAAAAAGAUGUUUUUGCAGACUACAUCAAAACUUUAUAACACUCUUGACAUUAUUGCCAGCACUUUUAUUCCAUCAAUCACAAUUUUGGCGUUGGACCUUCAAGUGUUUUUGUGCCGUUCAAGAAGAAAGACGUCAGAUGCGUAUCUUCAAGUUGUAUUUCCAUUCGAAGAAGAUCCAGAGAAAGUGAGUUUUGCAUGGUUUCUUUGAAUUGGGAUUAGUGAAGGAUUAUUAACACUAAUUAAUCUUAUUAAUCAAAUUUGAUUCUAUUCUAGAUGCAAAAACGACUUGCAACAAUGAGAAGAUUUAUGGCGGUCACCGCGAUUAGUAUCGCAUUUUGUAUUCCGGAUGCACUUUUCAGAGUUCUCCGUCCAUUUUUUGGUAAUGGGGAUAACUUGAUACUUUUCUACACAUGCAAAGCGUUAUACCUUGCAAAGGUAAAUAUUUACAAGAAAUGUUUCAUAUAAUCUUUAUACUGUUGUUUUUUUGCAGUUCUCCUUCAACGCCUUCUACCUUUCGAUCUUCGUCUUUGAUAGAAACGUAAUGUCGAAGACAUGCUCCUCAAGACAUUUAUCGAUUUCAGCCAAACGCCUCGAGGAAGAACCUGCGAUUGUUCCACGAGAAAGGAGCCGUACAUUGUCGUGUCGAAGUGCCACGCCGUUCCCCUUGUUGA